AUGGCGUUUGCCGGCCUCAAAAAGCAAAUUAAUAAAGCGAAUCAGUACAUGACUGAAAAAAUAGGUGGGGUUGAAGGGACCAAGCUUGACGUAGACUUCGUGGAUAUGGAAAGGAAAACUGACGUUACUUACGAGCUGGUCGAAGAACUUCAGAUGAAAACCAAAGAAUUCUUGCAGCCGAAUCCUACGGCUAGAGCAAAAAUGGCAGCCGUCAAAGGCAUAUCGAAACUCAGUGGUCAGGCAAAAGCGUCCACCUAUCCACAGGCUGAAGGUACCCUUGGUGAUUGUCUGCUCAUGUAUGGUAAGAAGCUUGGCGAUGAUAGCUUAUUUGGCCAAGCACUGCAGGAGAUGGGAGAAGCGCUUAAGCAAAUGGCUGACGUUAAGUACGCAUUAGACGACAAUACCAAACAAAAUUUCCUUGAACCAUUACAUCAUUUACAAACCAAAGAUUUAAAAGAAGUGAUGCACCAUAGAAAGAAACUGCAGGGAAGAAGACUAGAUUACGACUGCAAACGUAGAAAACAAGCAAAAGGUUCGCAUGUUAGCGACGAGGAACUAAAACAAGCUGAAGAAAAAUUUGCAGAAUCGUUGCAUAGUGCUCAGAUAGGAAUGUUCAACUUGCUCGACAACGAUAUUGAACAAAUAUCUCAGCUAACUACAUUUGCGGAAGGUCUUCUCGAGUACCAUCAACAGUGUACCGAAAUUCUGAAAUUGGCAGUAAUGGAAAUCCAGGAAAAGCGUGAUCAAGCCGCUAGCCGUCCGAAAUUAGAAUUUGUGCCUAAGACUUUGAACGAUCUACAUCCAGUGGAUGUUAUCGCGGACGACAUUAAUGACGAGUACGAGUUGAUGGAACCACAGCUCGCACACGUCAAAGGUAGUUCACGAGCUUCAUCCCCGACUCACGCAAAGUCUAACACGCUGGAAUUAACGUCCGGAGCAAACCAUCACGAUAACCAGCAUCAACAACCACAUCACAAUGCAUCGCCAGUUUCUUCUCCAAUUAAGUCAGUUCAACGGCAAAUACCACGCAACUCGCCUUGUUGUACCGCGUUAUACGAUUUUGAGGCUGAGAAUCCAGGAGAAUUAGGAUUUAAGGUAUGCGAGACUAUAAUACUGCUGAGACAGGGGUCGACGAGAACUGCAACGCAAACUGCCAUUGACGAAGACGACGACACCGAACAGACCACGACGCCAACUCCUCUACCCCCUGCAUUAAAUAUACCUAAAUGA